AUGAGAACCCUCGUGUUGGUGAUAUUCCUUUCGAUUCGGACAUUCUUCUUCUCUGCCUCGCCUGUCGAGGCAACGGAGGAUGUCGGUCGUCACCCAAGCCGUCAACUUGCGCAGUUAGAUACUGGUGAUACUACCGCCUGCGCAGCGGCAAUUGCUGAUGUCUUGGCAGCCCCUAAUGCGACGUGGCGCGAUGCAAGCGUCAACUCGUCUGCACUUCAGGCGCAAUUUUUGCAUAUUAUCCAAAGUUAUCUCGCAAGCGACCAACACUGUCGUAUCAAGCUGCCAUCCAAUGGCUCGGGAGUACUGCUCGUCACGUGGAUGCAGUACCCAUCUUGGCACAACGGCAUCAUCACGGAGUGGGUGCACCGUCUAAAAACUGAUGGCGAAACCGCGCCGUACUUCACACACGUGGAGCUGAUGGAUCCGGAACAGCUCCCCCCGCCAGCUGCCUUGACGGACGCCAGUUUGCUGCAAGACUACAAUGCAGCGCAAGAAGAGUUGGUGGUUGUCAGCGCAGACAUGUCCGGCUUCUCACCAAGUUGGAUGGUGGAGCAGGAGGGCAUCGUCAGUUUCACGGAGAAUGUCUGCAUAGACAAAACCAACCCCCAAGGCCCGUUGUUCCCACGCGCCUUCCUGCUGCUCUUUUACCGCGCCGACGUACUGGACGCCCUGUACGAAUCCGGUCAUUAUGGUCUCUGUAUCACGACGGAUCCUAACUGCGGCCGGCUCGGCGAUAUCCUGGCGGCAAUCGCAGCCAGCGUCGUACAGACAAGCUCUACGAUGCAGGGCUACGUCUUUGACCUUGCCGCGGCGCCGCCGGCGGCGCCGCCGCUUGUCAACGGCACAGCUUGGAGGUACGGCAUGGAGGUGCUGCGACGGCUGCUUCAGUACAACGCGCCGGACUACAACACCACGGACAGUACGGGCCCCGGGAGUUUCGACACCGCGGCGAAGCGAUGUCACGCAUAUAGCCCGUGGUUUGCAUCCGGUGGUUGCCUCUUUACGAUCGAUUUGGACAUCGCAUUUCUUUGGAUGGCCCGGGUGGGGAAGCUACCGCUGCCACGUCCCGCUGUGGUUAAAGUGGCGCCUUUGCCUGGCAGUAGCCAGGUCAUGGAUGCUGAAAACCAAGAUGGCAGCACCAACGAAAGUGCGGCUGCUGUUGCCGCCAGAUCCUACAACGGCAACUUAGUUUCAUGCAGUUCUAGUCCGCAUCUUUGCGUCGUCAGCGGCAAUCAUGACGCGCUGUAUCUGACCUCAGCCGGCCAGGCGCCGGCGGCACUGGCGGUGGCAAGAGAUGCACGCGCUAAGUGUGGCGUUACGGAGGCGGUGCGGAUGGAGGGGGCAGCGGUGGCCGCCGCCGCCACCGCUGCCGCCGCUGCGACGACUGCUCCUGCUGCUGCUGCGCAAAUGGCGGCGGCGAAGUCGCGGAACAGGGCGCCGUACUCGAUUUUUCUCGACUACUAUACCUACAUCAACUACGGAAGUUUUGCGGUGGUUGACCUGGCUCAAGAAAUGUCUCUGAUACAGCGUCAUAUAUCUUCACGAAUUGAGACGGAGCGAAAGGAACGACAGGCUGCUUUGGAUGUCAUGCGUCAGGCGGCGGCGGCGGCGGCGGCGUCAGGCGGUAGCGGCGGCGGCAACGUCACCGUAACACCGGGCAACAGCUCCUCCUGGAACACGUCAUCGUACCCUGCGACACCUUGGUUCAAGUGGACUUUGAGCCACGCGGCUCUGGAGCUGCAGUCAACGAAGCCUGGCGUCGAAGCUGCUGCGGCAGUGCUUUCUCGUCUGUUCAUCCUAGCCACGGAGGCCUAUUCCCCCAACACCGUGCGGACAACCUACGAAAUGUCCAUCAACGCAGCCCGCUGGCAAGCGCCUUAUCCCGACCGGCAGCAGAUACCACGUAAGAAGAAAUACCUUUCUUAA